AUGAGACCAGCACAACUACUAUUGGAGGCUGCCAAGAAGCAGUCAGGUUCCAAGAUCCCUGUUGAAUUGACGCCUUUAUUCGUCGCCAUGGGCGUUGCCUUAUGUUCGGGUACGUAUUUCACUUACAAGAAGUUCUGCUACGAUGACAGUUUGCGAGUUUCCAAGAAUCCAGAACAAUCUGGGUUGGCUCAUAUUUUGGAAGAGAAGAAAUAA